AUGAGUGAAGGCAUCAGCAGGAACGGCGGUAGCAACAACAACAAUAACAAUCUUGGUAAUGCUGCCAGUGGAGGCAAUUUCAAUAUCCGUGGACUGUCUGGCGGUGGUGGCGGUGGCAUAUCGAUCCGAGGUGAAUCAGGUCCAGGCAUUGUCGUGAUCAGUAACUUGGAUCCUGGAGCCAAUGCAGAGGAUGUCAAGACGGCUUGCCAGCAAUUUGGACCCGUUGUACGUUGCGAUGUCAUGGUCGAUCAUGCGGGUCGAUCCUUUGGCGAGGCUGAGGUCGAGUUUGGUACCAAAGCAGCAGCAUUGGAUUGUGUUUCGAAACUUGAUAACGAGGUUGCAGAUGGUCGUGUUUUACGCGCUGUGCUUCGAAGCCGACCUGGUCCACAACCUAUGGUGUCUUCACCAUCACAACAACAGCAGCAUGGUGUGCCCGCUGGCCCUGCUAGUUUUGCUUCACAAACACUUCGAUCGGUCAUUGCUCCGACACGAUCAGGCUACACAUCUGCGGCAUCCGGCAAGAUGUAUUCCGAUCAGUUGAUGGGAGCUGCAGCACAACCAGCACCUCAACAGCAGUUACCCCCUCACCAACACCACUCAGACUAUGCUCGUUAUCAAUCUGCACCGACGCGACGCUACUAA